UUCCCAGUCUCAUAUAAAGCGAAGCUUUCAUCUCUAAGCCAAAGCCGCACUUCUCAGGCCAGUAAUCUCUCCCGCUCUGUGUGAGUUCCUCAUCUACUCGAAGCAGCCAUGUCGAGGAGGAAGCAAAGGGAACCAAAGGAAGAAAAUGUGACCCUUGGGCCAGCUACCCGUGAAGGAGAACAAGUUUUUGGUGUGGCUCAUAUUUUCGCAUCCUUUAAUGAUACUUUCAUUCAUGUGACUGAUCUUUCUGGAGGAGAAACACUUGUUCGCAUCACUGGAGGUAUGAAGGUAAAAGCUGAUAGGGAUGAGUCUUCACCAUAUGCUGCCAUGCUUGCAGCGCAGGAUGUAGCAGUGAGAUGCAAGGAACUUGGAAUCACUGCUCUUCAUAUUAAGCUUCGUGCUACUGGAGGAAAUAAAACCAAGACUCCAGGUCCUGGUGCUCAGUCUGCCCUCCGUGCCCUUGCUCGUUCUGGAAUGAAGAUUGGUCGCAUUGAGGAUGUUACUCCAAUCCCCAGUGACAGCACGCGAAGGAAGGGUGGUAGAAGAGGAAGAAGACUGUAGGCUCAUUGUCGAAUCCAAUCAUCCUAUCAUUCAGCUUUGGUGCUGGUGAUGCGUUUUCUUGGUUUCCUGUAGGGCUUAUUAGUCGUUGGAACAUUUUUGUAGUUUUUUUGGGCGAUGGCGGACUCUUGCUUUAUAUCAAGCAUAAUGUACAAUCAGAAGGGUGUGAGAUUAUCUAUGGCAUUUGUGUUCUCGCAUAAAUGAAAUUAUGUUUAUGACUUA